AUGUUGACCCUUUAUGACUUUUUAUUUUCUAUUUCAGGUGUUUCAGUAGCAGUUAGUUGUUUUACUCUGGUAGCCAUUAGUUUAGAAAGAUACUUCGCUAUCUGUCGACCUCUAAAAUCACGACGAUGGCAGACCAGGACUCAUGCUUACAAGGUCAUAAUAUUGUGUUGGAUUUUGGCAUUCUUCGUGAUGUCGCCCAUAGCCGUUUACCAUCGUCUAGGAACUGCUGGUCGUGGUGUGUAUCGCUGCCGAGAAGACUGGGAUAACAAAGUAUGGGAGAAGGCGUAUACGAUGAUUUUGAAUAUGGUUUUGUUGGUCAUCCCGGUGAUUAUCAUGUCGCUAGCUUAUGGAUGGAUCUGCUACACCUUAUGGAUCGGGAUGAGAUUGGAGGAUCAAUCCAUGAAAGGUUGCAAUGGAGUCGGCAACGGACAAGGAAACAUCUCCGUCCUGAGUGACGCAGAAUAUCCAAUGAAUAUUCAGUCAUCUACUGGCGGACGACCAUUCAGACGCAUUGAAUUACAAAGAGCCUUGCGACAGAGUAACAGUAACCGCAGUCGAGCCGCAAAGAAACGCGUCAUCAAGAUGCUAUUCGCAGUGGUAUUGGAAUUUUUUAUCUGCUGGGCUCCGGCAUAUAUAGUGUACACGUGGAUGAUCUACGACAUAGACAGCGCCAGACGCCACGUUUCAAACUUAACCAAAUCGCUGAUCCAUCUCCUAUCUUACGUUUCUUCGUGUUGUAAUCCGAUCACGUACUGCUUUCUGAACAAAAACUUCCGUCAAGCGUUUAUUGCUGCGUUCCGAUGUUGUCGGAAGAAGCAUUACGUGUACGCUAGACGCAGUGAAAUGUCUUUUUCCGGAAACACUAACUCUACACGCACAAUGGGUAGUGCUUUAACAAGUUACGACAAAAUCGCCGAGUCGGACGAAUUGUCGGAGAAAAGUUUCUGA